AUGGGUCAAAGAAUUAAGGAACUGCUUCUGCAACUUGACUUGAAAUUAACAUUGAUUUAUAGACAGCUGGUAAAAGGUAAUGAACGGAUUUCUUUUUGAAAAUCCACGAGAGAAAUAAUUACUUAUUUUAGCCUGAAUUUCAGACGAUUACUUCGAGUCGAUUACUCCUCUCAGUAUAAAGCGACCAACCUCGUUCCCAGGGUUCUCUCCUACCCGCCCUACCCUCUCUCGCUCCGUAGGGCGGGUAGGAGAGAACCCUGGGAACGAGGAACGAGGUUGUAAAGGGACUCGAAGUAAUGUCAGAGACUACGUCGGCGGGAACUUUAAAGACUUUAACAUAAUGGACUUCCUUGGUAAUGGCGAGUGUAAGAGAGUAAAAUAUGUGGAUAUCCGAGGGCACAAUGGCACAAACCUCACGGCACCGUUUUGGCAGGGCUGA